UGGAUGUCGUAGUCGGAAUGGAGUCAAAAAGGGUUGUGUAAUCUAAAAUAAUGUAACUGUCCAUUGAAAACAGAAAUGAAAUACGUAUUGGGAGGAUUGAUGCCCCCCUACGCCAGUAACCAGGCUGGAUAUCGACGAAGUCGUCAGUCCUAUAAUAUUUAUGAAAAUGUAUGAUAAAAGAAUUCGAAAAUGUCCAAUGUAACCAAUUACAUAAUCGUCGGAUCGGUAUAAUGGUCCAGUUACCGAGCCCAAUAAACCAAAAAAGAAGAAACAAAAGGUCAUAAGCACAAACCACCUACUCUAUGGUUUGUGGUCAUAAGAUGAAUAAGUGGUAGAAUAACCUCACAAUAUUUGUAUAAUAAUAAAUAAUAAUAGUUGUCUAUUUACAAAAAUGUAUGCACGGCCAAAACCAGGCGAAACAGAGGAAGACUUGCUGCGUUUGCAAGAGGAAUUCGAGAAAAAUAAGGCUGAGAAUAAAAUAAAGCCUGCUGCUACCGUCGUUAGUAAUAAAAGUGAUGAUGUUACCCUCAAAGCCAAAGAACAAAAUGAAAAACUGGAAGCAGAUAUCCAGGAACAACUAGCAAACACAUUUGAAGCUAUACCAAGCGAUUUCAAACUGAAUAAAAUUACCAUAAAAUCUACACUUCCUAUUCCAAUGCCCAAGUUUAACAAAGAAAAGGGUUUUCCACAAGCGAAAAGAAGAGAUCUCACUGUCAAAUCUGGCCAGGGCAGUAUAUUUUCACGACAAUUCAAGAAGCAAAAAAAAGAAGAAUUUCCAAUGGAUGUUGAUAGCAUUCCAAUAACUGAAAAUUCUGUAUCAAUCAAAGAGAAAACUGAGAAUUAUUCCCUUGAAACUGUUAAACAUUUACCUUCCGAGAGUUAUGUUGUAACAGGGUCAGACAGUAAACAGAUUCAUGAAGAAAAUGUGAAUCUGAUGAAAACAAUGUCGGAAAAAGAGAUCCUAGAAGAACGUGAAAAACUCAUUGCCACAAUGGAUCCCGCUAUCUUAUCAUACUUAAAAUCAAGACGAAAAAAAGAGAAAGUGGAAACUCGCAACCCCACUAUCAAAGAACAAAAUGAAAUUGCAGAAAAUAUUGAUAUUGCAGAUAUUGAAACCCCCAGUGAUGUUCUCGCUCAACCUAAGGCUGAAAAGUGGUUGAAUUUUGAUGUUAUUGAAACAAAUAAAUUGGCCUGGAUGAAGAAUAUUGACAUACCAAAAUUGAAAAAAUCUGAGCAGUUUGAAGCUAGGUUUGACUUUGAGGGAUGGCUUAUGCCAUACUCUGAAAAUGAUAUAAACGAGAAAAAUAGAAUCUUGUAUCAUCACGGAGAUGAGCCUGGCAGACCAGGCUAUACUUUACAGGAAUUAUUCCAGCUGUCUAGGUCAAGCGUAAUCCAGCAAAAAAUCCUAGCUCUCAACAGCAUUGCAAAUAUCCUAUCCCUAAACUCGACAGGUGUUUAUGACGAGAUCCUGGACAUUCCCAUAGAACAGAUGUUUUUUGUUAUUCGAUUCUGUCUGGAUGACAACACUUCGGCUGUGCUCAAUGCUGGUAUCAAAGCAAUGAGAAAUUUAAUAUAUUCCCAGGUGGAUGAAACAUGCUUGGACAGUCUUUUGGGAUUCGGUUUGGGUUUUGUGCAGCCGAUCAUAGCAGUGGACAACGCAAUGGAAGAUGACUACACAGUAAAUGACCAACAAUUGGCGGAAAAAAAUAUUGUUAGGUGUCUGGCGAGAACGGAAAUACUGACAAGAAUAAGAUACAUUAUAAAUACUGUAAAGCCUCCCCUGGAAACGAUAGUAUACUGUUUGGAUAUUUUGAUACGGCUUGCUAGAGAUUCUGAAUUUGUAUUAAUGAAAAUAUUCAAUUGUGAAGAUUUGAUGAACAGCAUAACGAAAAAUUUUGUACCAGAGGUUACCAAAAAAAGUUCAGCCACCUCCGCUUAUGGUCUGCCCAUCCUUCAAGCAGUGAAAUUACUGAGGAUUAUUUCGUCAAGAAGUAAAACGUUAGCUUCAAAAUUGAUUUCGAGGUACAAAGUUUUGGACUCGAUAACUCUUUAUUUAUCAAAUGAUACGUUCUCCUCCAACGUUAAUGGUUUGAGAUUACAAACUGAAUGUCUUAACUUUUGGAGCGUGCUUCUACAUUAUGGGCUAGCUUUGGACUAUUUCAGUGUUUUUCAACCGGUUUUACUCCAUCUGUUAGAUUAUCAUUUUAAAAAUACUAAUUUAGAAAUGGAAAUGACUUACGUGAGACAAGGACAUAUAGCUGCUUUGCUGAUAUUGCUGUCAAAAGUAGUAGAGAAAAAUUAUUCUCUGGCUUCACCUUUUCUGCCUGUGUUAAUCGAAAAGUGCAUUCCAAAAUGGUGCAAUCAAUUUGCUAAGUUGGAAAAAUUUGUGUGUGGAAAACUACAGCUGAUUGCUUCUUUAGUCUAUUGUAUGUCGAGCAUACAACAGUAUCAGCAAAGCACCGUUAUCGAUGGAUUCAUUAAGCAGAUGAUAGAAUCCCAAGGUUUCAACAGAAUUACAGAUAAUAUAAGAAGUGGAUCCAUGCUUUUGAACAACUAUGAAACACUUAAAUGUAGUAGUAACUUGAAAACUCUAGAAGCAGCAGCUUGGCACACCAUGGAGCAUGUUGUGCCAAUAAUCCAAACAAAUAGUUGUCUUCCUUAUUUAUAUGCAGUCUCGGUUUAUGUGAAUGUUACUAAUGAUAAACAGGUAAAACUGAGUUUUCUUAGACACACGAAUAUACAAAAGUAUCUAGCAUCUCUACAAAAACUGGAGAAGUACUAUCUCACCAACAACUGGUUCGCAAGGCCUGAAAGUAUCCUUCUCAUGAAUAUUUUAAAAUCGUCAGUGCCUGUGAAAGAGAAUCUAGACACCUCAAUUUUUUACGAACUGGCCGUGAAAUGUUUGUCAGUUUUCACUUCCGACCAGAAACCAGACAUUGAAUUCCUGCUUCGAAAUAUCGUUUUCUGCUCCAAGUUCUAUCCCAGCGAUGUUCUCUUGGAACAUUUGGAUAUCAGUCAGAGGAGCGUUAAUUUGGAAAUCUCCCUGAGUAACUUGAGUGAAAUUCUUGAAGUUUAUACUCUUGUACUUGGUUUGAACAAUGAUGUUCCAGAUUUAUCGUCUACUUGCUGUCUAGAUAUAAGCAUAGGCAACGUCAUUCCUAUCGACUGGAUAUACACGCCCAUUUUGGUUCUCUACUCGAACGAGAUAAAAAACAAAGACAAUGCUGAAGAAGCUCAGCAGAUUUUCACUAUAAGAAACUGCCUGAGAUGGAUUUUAAUAUACGAAACCUAUUUUCCUUUCCUAGCAUCCACAAUAAAUCCAACAGACAAAUUUUGUAGGUUAGCCUGUGUCUUUUUGGGUAGCGACAGUUUGUUUUUGACGAAAGAAAUUCACGAGUUGCUGGAACUCUGCUUCAAGAACAUAAUUACAAAGUGUGAGAGAGAACUCAACUUCACAAAAGAGAUUCAAGGUCUGAGUAAUUUUCAAGAUUUAUAUACGCAACUGUUGGAACAAUAUCAGGGUGUUAGUUACGGUGACAGUCUUUUUGGAAUUGUUAUAUUGGUGCCUUUGGCUCAGAGGCACAAUGUUCAGCUCAGAAAGACGCUCUGGUCAGAAUAUAUGGGAGCAGUUCAAAUUUUUAAUGUAUCUUCAGAACAAUAUUUUGGUGAUAUAAACCUGUUUCUGGAUCCCAUAGAAGAAGAUAUGUCGCUACUGAAGUGUUAUAGGAGAGCCAUCAUUAAUAACACAGUUAGGAAACAUACAGUAUUAUUUGACAUAGCGAAUCAUCAUGUACAAAAAUUUAUGUUAAAGCGAAAAGAAAAUAAAUAAUGUUUUAUAUAA